UUGAGUUGAUCUGCUGCUGCUCGGCUAGCGCACACAGGGCUCUGAGCAGCAGACACUUACAGAGAGCGAGGGAGAGAGAGAGAGAGAGAGAGAGAGAGAGCGCGAGAGAGAGGGAGAGAGAGAGAGAGAGAGAGCUCCGGAGAGGAGGAGAGGAGGGUUGUGCUAACCCGGGAGCAGCACCACGGCGAUCACAGACAGGCAGACAGACGGACGGCAGGACGGACACGCGGGCGGCGGCUGCGAUCGGCGGCUCGGCGGCAGGCUGGUGGAAGAUGUCGUCGGGGGCCGGCGGGAGGGGCGGGAGGCGGGGCCGGGCCGGGACGGUGGCGGGGGGGGCCGGGGCCGGGGCGGGGGCGGGCGGCGCCGGCGCGGCGGAGGAGGGCCCGCUGGGCAUCCCGUUCCCGGAGCACAGCGCGGACGUGCUGGGGGGCCUGAACGCGCAGCGGCAGAGCGGCCAGCUGUGCGACGUGCUCCUGGUGGCGGGCGAGCGGGAGUUCCCCGCCCACCGCUCCGUGCUGGCCUCCUGCAGCUCCUACUUCCACCGGCUCUUCACCUCCGGCGUCGCCGCCGACCGCCAGAGCGUCUACGCGCUGGACUUCGUGCGCGCCGAGGCGCUGGACGCCCUGCUGGACUUCGCCUACACCGCCACGCUCACCGUCAGCCACGCCAGCGUGCGGGGCGUCCUGAGCGCCGCCAGCCUGCUGGAGAUCCCCCCCGUACGGGACGUCUGUGCCCACCUGCUGGACACCAAAGUGCUCUCCCCGCCGGUGGGUAGCGAGCGAGGAGAGGAGGAGGAGGAAGACGAAGAGCGCACAAAGGGAGGAGGAGGAGGAGGGGAGCAGGGGAACCGGCAGCGGGCUCGAGAGUACCUGGAGCUUUUUCAGAAGGGGGGUCCCUGGGGCAGCAGCUGCAGCACACCCGAGCUCAGGGACGUACCCCCACACACGCACUUUAACCAACGCAACGGCGCCCCCGGCAACGGGACCCCCCCCGCCGGCCCCCCGGGGUACGCCCCGGCGCAGCCGCCCCCGGAGGAGGACGAGGAGGAGGACGAGGACGGGGACGGGGACGGGGACGGGACGCGGGACCUCCUGGCCUGGGCCCGGGACAACGGGGGCCUGCCCCUGCACCCCUUCUACGCCCCCUCCCAGAACGGACACUACUACCUCCAGCCGGACGCCGAGCAGGAGCAGGAGCUGGAGCUGGAGCGGGAGCGGGAGCAGGGGCCCGGGCGGGGCCGGGACCCCGACGGGAGGUCGGCCAGCGCCCUGCUGCAGCGCAUGAUGGACUCCAUCGAGCGGCAGAAGGAGCGGGAGAUGGCGGGGGAGGAGGCGCCGGAGGGGGAGGACCCGGAGGUGGAGUUUUACUUGAAUUACUUUAACAGCGCGCAGCACGAGGACGUGGCCUCCGUGGCCUCCGUCACCUCCGCCGCCGCCGCCGCCGCCGCCGUCGGCCCGGGGCUGCUGCCGCUCUGGGCCGCCGCCGCCGCCGCUCGAGGCUCCGGGUCGGCGGGCGGCGGGGGCGGGGGCGGCGGCGGAGGCGGGGGCGGGGAGAAGAAGAUGCGCUCCAAGGCCUUCCAGAAGUGCCCCAUCUGCUCCAAGGUGAUCCAGGGGGCGGGGAAGCUGCCCCGGCACAUCCGCACGCACACCGGCGAGAAGCCCUACGAGUGCGCCAUCUGCAAAGUGCGCUUCACCAGGCAGGACAAGCUGAAGGUCCACAUGCGGAAGCACACGGGAGAGAAGCCCUACCUGUGCACCCAGUGCGGCGCGGCCUUCGCCCACAACUACGACCUGAAGAACCACAUGCGCGUGCACACGGGCCUGCGGCCCUACCAGUGCUCCAGCUGCUUCAAGACUUUCGUGCGCUCCGACCACCUGCACCGCCACCUCAAAAAGGACGGGUGCAACGGCGUGCCCUCGCGUCGCGGCCGAAAGCCUCGCGUCCGGGACCCCGGGCUCCAGGAGGGCGACCCGGGGGCCCACGCCAUGCCCGUCCCGCGCGGCCGGGGGCGCCGCCGUCUGGAGGCCGCCGCCGCAGCCGCCGCCGCCGUAGCCGCGGCGACGCGGGGGGACCCCGGGAGCCCCGCCCCCAGCCACGUGCAGCGGGAGGAGUCGGGGAAGGCGGGGAAGGCGGGGCCGUGAGACGGAGUGGGGACGGCAGCGGGGACGCUGGACAGCGGAAGAGUGCGGUAAUGGAAAUUAAGGAGGAAAUUUAAAAUUGAAAAAAAAACACACACAAAGGCAAACAAAAAAAAAACAACAAAAAAAACAAACAAACAACUAACUCCUCUAUAAAAAAAAACCAAAAUCAGGGUGUCACAAAAUCUAAUCUUAAUUUUUUUUUUUCUCUCGCUCAUUUGCUUUUGGAACACAGAGUUGCCGCGCUUACGGUCAGUGGUCUGAUGAGGAGGGAAGAACACUAUAAAUCGCACGCUGGCUGAAGGUCUGGCCAUUCUGAAACGUUUUUUGGCGGUCCGUGGUUCUCUCUCUUCAUGUUUCGGGCGAGAAUUGCUUUCCCGUGUCCAAGCUGGAACGGGAGUCUUAAGUUCAACUAUGCAGCUGAUAGAUUUAAAGGAAAAAGCCUUAUUUAAAAAAAUAAAUAAAUAAAAUAAACGAGAAGGAGGUGUGACCUGCACUGUUUUAAAUGAGAUUUGGCCUUCGCGCUGAAAUGGGAAGCCGACCAACCGACUUCCGCGUUUGAAAACAUCCGUAAUGAGUUACUAUGCUGUUGAAAAAAAAAUGUAUUGUUACAUAUCAAUACAGUAGUAUAUGCACAAGAGAGAGAAGAAGAAAAAAAACCCACACAGUGGUUGCGCUGCCCUGAUUCAGAAUGUUUCAGAAAGAUUCAGACCAGUUGAUUUCAGUGUUACUUGCUCCAUAAAACAAAUGGUUUCAUCUUUUUAAAAGGUAAACGUCGAGUCGAAUCCACGUCUGGGGGCUCUUCUGAUUUUGGGGACGGGGUUGGGGACGGGGAUGGUAAGGGGGAGGACGGUCUGUGUUUCUCAAGCACUACCACCAUCGUUCUGCCAAAAGGCAACGACACACUGAACCUCCUCCCCCCCCCCCCCACCCCCACCCCCAGCUCACCCCGCCCAACCUUUUCACUUGUCAACAUUUUUAUUCUUCCUGAUCUGUCUUAAUUUUUUUAUUGUAUUUUUUUAUUUUAUUUUUAUUUUUUUUUUGCGUGUAUUGUUGUUUGUUCCUUUUGAGUUGACUGCUUUGGGUACUUGACACUUUAAGUUUGUAUACGUGUAUAUAUGUAUAUUAGGUGGUGAUAAUAUUGGCCCCCUCUUUUAAGCUGAGAUGUAACUACCAUCCGGGUUUACCUUUUGACUUGACUUUAAAUUUCCCAGAAGUUGGGUUCGGGGCGGUGUUGCAAAAACUGGAAAGUGUAGAAAAGCGUUUGAUUGACUAUAACAAACUCCUGGCCUGACCAAACACAUUCUCAACCGAUUUUUUGACAUAGAGCUCCUGCCCAACAGAUAGAGAUUGACAUCUCCUCGGUGUACAUGUGUGUCGGUCUGAGGGUAUCAGCCUUGCGUGUGGAGUAAAAAGGGGUCUGUUUUAUGACCAGCUGGUGAAAGACAAACGCGGUAAAUAUUUGAUAGGCUGAGAAAAGAAAAGGAGAGAUGGGCACCUUUUCUUUUUCCUUUUUUUUUUACUUUUUAUUUACAAAUUUGCACAUAGAAAAUCUAAGAGAAAUCUAAGAGAGAGAAAAAGUAUAAUUUAAAGAAACAGAAGGAGAGGAAGAGAGGGUUUGAGAGCAUUUAAUUUAAAUCCUUUGCCCUGGGGACCACAAAACCAUGAAACAACCUGUAGGAUGAAGAGAGCAAUAAAUACCUGUACUAAACUGGGAGGCCAAAUAAGGGCACAGCUGCAGCUGCAUGGUGGGGGUGGGGGGGCGAGGGGAUGGGGGCGUUUCACAAUGUCUGUUGCAUUCCAAAAUAGAAUCCAAUCUUCCAAAAAAAAACCCCGCCCCGUCUAUUUGGCGGGAUAUUGCAAAAUUGGGGGCUUCUGUUACUUACUCGUUUUGCCAAGAUCCGAUCUCUGAGCGAAGGUCCUGCUUAAGUAGCGCGAGGCUCAGGCUGGACCGUGCAGUUGGUGGAGCGGCCAGGGCUAAGUUUGGCGGGCGCCGCGGACUCCGGCAGCCACAUCAAGGGCAGGCUGACUCACCGACUGGGAGAGGCAGCGCGUCAAAUCCGCGGGCAACGUUUAAACACGUCCCCAAAAUUCUGCAGCGCGAGCUCGCGCGCGCGCGUGUGCAACGAGUCCAGACCGGAGGUAGGAUAAAGUCGGAGAGCGUUCGCGUAUCUCGUUGCGCGGACAUUGAUAGCGCAGAUCGUUGGCCCCAUAUCUCGCGAUUAUGCCGCUCCCCUUUAGUCCGGAUAAGCAAGUGUGGUUUUGUGUGUGUGUGUGUGUGUGUGUGUGUGUGUUUAGACACACCCACGGGCUGCAGCGUUGGCGUUGUGGACCUGUAGACCCGUUUCAGGGGCAAGGAGAAAGCUACCGGCUUAGACUGCCUCCCCCCUACCACUGCUGCUUGGCUGUGACCCCAAGUUUAUGUCCUUUGCACCUUACUGGGAAGGAAGCAGGUUCUGAAUGCACUUUGUUACUGAGAAGGGCACUUUUGUCAAAGAAACGGGUACUUUGAAGCAAAAAAAAAGAGGAAAGCGAGAAAAAAAACCCCUCCAUUCAUCAGGAGACAUUUUGCGUUUUUUUCUUCAUUUUGUUCAGUUUUUGACAACGGGCUGCCAAAAAAAUAGAUAUAUAAAUAGAUCAAUGGAAAUGCCUGCAGAGUCUCACAGAGAUGUCACAGGAAACCGUCGGUUUAAGAAACUGACGUGUUCGGCUUUGUGACCUAAAAAAAAAAACAGAAACAACAAAAUCAAACGACAACAACAAAAAAAAAAAGUUUUACAAGAAGAGAAUCCCCGAUAACUGAUUGCACUUGAAGUUAGCUGAGUUAGUGAGUCUUUGUUCAUGUCUUAAUGCAGAGAGGGGGGAAGGGGUGGUUAAGCACUUGUAGGGAGGGGGGGGGGGGCAAUGUGUGUAUACGUGGCACUGGGGUCAAAGGGCACGCCCAGGUAUAGCUCUAUCCUUCCCCAUCUGGUCCCCUGCUGAUAGCUUUUGGUCAGUUGACAGUUUACACAGUAAAUAGGGCACACCUUCGCUCUAUGGCAGUUGUGUACAGCGUCUCCAUUUGGUCCUGAAUCUCUUUUUUUUUUUUCUUCUUCCUCGUGGGACUGCCUUUCGUCUGGUCAGCCCAGACUCUUCAGCUCUGUCUUUAGGCGACCUGAAAUAGAUUGUUUGUUUUGUCUGCGCGCACAUCUGCGCGGACUCCUGCGCAGCCCGCCGUGUGUAUAUCGCACGUUACGGCCCAGCGCGUGCGUAGCUCUCACAUCCAAGAUGUCGGUUUUUCGUUUUCAUGCCGGGUCUGUGGCUAGCCCACGGUCGGAGGCGGCGCUGGGCAUAAAAGUUUCAAACUGCCCUCCAGGAGACACUUGUUGUUUUUUUUCCUAAUGCUGCAGCUGUGUCAAACUACACAGUGUCGCACCCGUGCAGUUUGGAGUUAUGAGCGCUUAGGCUAAAGACAGGGAUAGAAGUGUAGGUUUAACCUCCGUUCCGUUCGGCAGAAGUACAGUGGGGCUUGUUCUGAGUGCCUGUGACAUCACAGUGCUGUCUCCCCGGUGGGGGGGGCGGGGCCUACAGCAGCAUGUACAUCUCACCCUCUGCCGUGAGUGACAUCAUCGGCCCCUGUACUCAGGGCAGUGCGACCCAGCCCCCAUCUUAGGUGGCAAAAAGGGCUCUGGCCUGUUUCUGUUCUUGUGUGAAUCACUAAGAGCAGAGUUCCAAUGAUGAACAUUACACACAGUCGCAUUGUAAUGCCAGCCUGUGCGUUGCCCUGUUCACCACCCUGAUCGCGGAGGCGCAUUAACAGGUCUGAUCCUCCUCAUAGAGCUUCUGUGUAGAAAACCUGAGAAGUAGAAGCUGCCACUCUAGCCUUUGGUGGAAACACUGGUUUAAAAAAAAACAGCUUUUAUUCGCCCCUCCCCACCCCCGACCACCCCCAUGAAAUUAUAAAUAUGACUAAGAGGUAGUUCUAUAUAUAGUCUGAGGCUGAUCCCGAACCAGGCCACGUCCAUAGGCGCCCUCCCCCUCUCGAUACGUAUGCAACGAUUAGUGCGGAAUCGUACAGUAAUUUUACUUGACUUCGUUUGUUUUGUUUCGUAUUCCUCUUUGUUCCAUAUUUUUUUUCCAGUAAACUGUAAGAUUCCUGUUAAUUUUGUAGGUUGAUUAGCUUCUACAUUUUCCUCGUUGUUGUCGUUGUUUUAUUUGUCUUUGAAAAAGGUGACGCUAAAGCUUCUGAAGUUUUACUACUUUCUGUCUUUCGUUUCGUUUUCUUUCUUUUUUUUUCUUUCUUCAAAAGAAAUUAUGGCUGUGUGAGGGAGGGUGGGGCAGAGGGCUGGGGCUGCGGCUUCGGGUGGAGUACCCUAAAUAGGAUAGGGAAGUGUGUGUGUGUGUGUGUGUGUGCAUGCGCGUGUGUAUGUGAGUGUGUGUGUGUGUGCGAUGGGCGGGUGAGGGAGUGUACAAAGCCUGAUAGCACUGGAAAUGGUGCUUUAGCUGAGACAGCAAGAGUUUGCACUAAAACAAUGUUCUCGUCCUGCUAAGAGGAGGACAGGCAAGGCCUUUUUGUUUCCGUGAGCGUGGAGUGUAAUACACACAGUAGCCCAGCAGGGGGAAUCUGUCUAAGAAUUGAGCAGCUCAGUUCGUGUGAUUCCAGUCCUAGAAUUUACAGUGGUUGCGUUCACGAAUCUUUGUGGGGACAAAUGUCUUAAAUAACACACAUAAUCAUUGUACAAACUGCAUAUUUCCUGCAUAAACGGGUGUGUGGGUUUCAAACAUUUCUAUAAUCAGAUUGUAAUUCUUUAUCUCUACCCCCCCCGCUCACCACCCUCCAAAUCAUAAAACUACGGUUGUAUCACGCUGGGUGUAAAUGUUCAGCACAAGGAAAUUUGAUUUAAAUUGUACUUCAAUGAAGUGCUGUAAUGAGCUUGAAAACUACAGGCCCCUGUUAACGGGGCAUUAGUAUGUGUAAAUGGAAAUGACAGAGGUAUAUCCAGGUGCCAGAGGCUAGGCUAGGCUAGGCUAGCACAGACAGGCGAAUGCAGGGUUUCUGUGUGUACAGGAGACUCUCUGGCCUUGUCUGAGGGCUGAACUUUAUUCAGUGGGGUCCGGCUGGAGUCUGGAGCUGAGGCUCAGGGUUCACAAAAUGGUGUCGGGGGUAGAGAAUGUGCCUUAAAAUGGAGAAAAAUUGAGAUACGAACCAAUAGUUUUCCCCCGCAAUGUUUUCAGUUACACCUACAGCGGUCCAGCAUACUAUUCCGCACCCUCUUAAGGGGGUUACUGGUCUGAUCGGUAUUUACGCACUGGGGGAAAAGAAUACCAAUAAGAGAAAUAUCUGAACUAAUUUUCCUCCUACUGAUGUUCCAAAAAGAAGUUACCUUCAAGUGGAACAUGCAAAUCUCCCACUCAUUCUGAAAGUACUUGUCAUAAUAUCAGCUAUUUUUGGUCAGUAGCUCACUGGCUAGUGGCCUACUGGCUUCAGCAUUUUAGGAACAUCAGUGGAUGACUCAGAAUAGUAAAAUGAACAACAAAAAUAAAUAAAUCGGAUGUACAUAAAUAAGACGUUCGGAGGACAGGACUAUUGCGUUCUGUGCUCUUUUGCACCCCCUGCAGGCCAUGGAGAAAUCUGCAGCCUCAUCCUCAGCCUACAGACACUAAUCGGACGCACUGAGAGGGCUUGUCUCUCUCAAGUCCUGCGAAAAGACUUGGCAUAACUGGUGUUUAUCCAAAUGGAGUUUUUUUUAAAAAAUCUUUUCUUUUUCUUUUUUUAUUUAUUAGAAGAAAAGCAUUCGAAAGCGUUAACAAAAAAACACACACAUUAACUUUGAUGACAAUAAUAACUGUAAUAAUCGUGGAAUGGGAGAGUGACGGCAGGAGAUCGUUUUUUUUUUGUUUUUUUUUCCAUUGUUACUGCGUACCUGAUCUCCAGGCUCAUAAAACACAACAAGCCGAGUGAGGUGUGUGUUCACGUGGGUCUGCAGGGAGGUAUCACGGGGGUGACUGGCUGCCACGCUUCCGCGGGUCGCCCCUGGCCAAUCAGAGCGAGCUGUACAGUUCGCCCCCCUGGCCUAUCAGAGCAUGCUGUUUGCACUAAAGCCCCUUUUGCACUAGCGGAACUACUAUGCUGAUCAAAGCCAUACUGGAGCCUCUCUGGGCUUGGCUGACUGGGCCCUGGUUGGUUUUCUAUCAGUGGAAUCCCUGGACUAUAGUAAAAUAAUACGCAAUGUAAUGCCAUGCGUUGCCUUCAAAGGUAUAUGAAUGGGCUGUAAGAAUUUUACUUCAUCAUCAAUAUCUAAAAUUUACAGAAUAUCAACAAAACCUCCUUCUACCUUCCAAGCCAUUGAGCUGUUUACUGGUACAAAAUCGCCCUACAAUUUGCCACCCACAACCCGUGCCAGUCUGUAAACAGGGCGGGGCCCAGGUGGUUUGUGGAACCAAACCCGAUAAAGUCCGCCCUCGUUUGGCAUCGACGGUGAAGAUAACUGAAAACCAGCCAGCGGCCCGAACUGGCCAAGCCAGCCUGGUUCCAGCUCUGCAGUGGAAGAGGUCUAUGAGAGUUCCCCUUCCGCUUCUUUGGGGAGGGGAGGGGACCAGUUGAUUUGCACAAACCUUAGAGGUGAGGGAGUGGGGGGGGGAGGGGGUUGGGGGAUUGGGAAAACCAAAGGGGAAUUCGCUGAGGCCCGUUGUUCUGAAAUCCGGGCCGAAGUGAGAAGCAAUGUUUUCCGUCUUGUUGUGUUUCAUGGGUGUUUGUAAUGGUGUCAUGUAGAGCGAUGGCAGAACUGGGGGUGGGGGUGGGGGGGGGGGGGUGGCUUAUCAAACUCAUGGUGGGGGCCUUGGGCUGCUGGUCAAAAUUUUUUGCUGAAUUUUCUUUUCUUGGCUGAAUACCAGAGCAUGGUUGUGAUAAUCCAUUCCGCCUGUUCCUCUUUCGCUUUGGGGUACAGUACAUUUAUUUUUAACCAACUGCAAACUUGUUUGAUGUAUAUUCAUCCCCAUUUUUUAAAAAAAAUUACAGUUCAGGACAGCUGGGGUAUGUGCCCCACUCCACAAAUAAGCAGUUUUAUUGGGUUUUGUCACGCAUUCAGAGGCCUGUUUGUUUCCUCUUCAUGCUGAACUGCUACAUUUCACGAGCGUUUUAAAAGGUGGAGCAGGGAUGAUAAAGCCAGUUCUUCCUGCUGUCAUGAGAUCAUGUGACUGUGACCUCGCCCCACCCACUGCUUUGCUCCGCCCCCAAUGAUUUGCAGCUUUGGCAGCCAACCAACCCUGUCUGUUGUUACCCUGCCGUUGGAACCAAGCACUUUUUGCGAAAAGGCCAUCCAGAAAAAGAAAAGAAAAAAAUGUGUGUUGUUGUUAUGGUUAUUACUGUUGUCAUUAUUGUUGUUAUAAUUCUUGUUGAUAUUUCAUUGCUUAUUAUUAUUGAUAAAAUGUUAUUAUUUAAAUGCAAAAACUAUAUGAAAAUGAAAAAAAACUUGAAUAUUUGAUAUAUUUGGGGUAGAAGUCCAUUUUUACUGCCGCCCCCCUACAAGCCCACAUCGCUGACACACCACAGCCAAGUAACCGCUUAAUGCUUUCAGUCUCAGUGUGAGGUAGCCAUUUUACCCACUUUGUUUCAAUAUGCUUACUCAUCUUAAUCAAGAAUGCAGAUGCUUGCUUAAACCUCACCUCAAGUAUAAUCCCGCUCAACAACAAAGGGAGAAGUUUGGAUAUUGUAUUGUAAAAAUAUAUGAGACACUAAACCCUCUAUGGCCACGCUGGAAGUUUUAAGUCACAUUGUUAGCCACAGUUGCUAACUUGACCGCAGUGUUUAGACGGUAUAGCACUUCCCCGACGGUGCUGCCAUCUUGCGGCCACGCACGGGAAUGGCAGAACGCCGAACAGCAGCUCGGUGGCAGACGAGUUCUGCCGUCCAGAUGUGGGGGGGAGUCUGAAUUGUGUUACGCAAAACUGUGCACGGCAAAAUCAUCGUGCGCCGUUUAGCAGGCAUUCAGGACUAUCGGGUGGAAACAGCCAUGUUCAAAUAUGCAAUAGCUUUGAUAAACAUUUUUCACAUCCAGAUCCAUGCAGUGGACGACAGUGGUCUAUAGGACCUGUGCACAAUGCAACAGACUCACCAGACAGAACCGAAUUGAUUUCAUGGUGAUUCACGAUUCAUGUUUGUCCAUGGGGUCAUUCACUGGUUUAGAGAGGUUUUUUGGUACACAGUGAAUUUGGGCCCAUUGAUACCCCAACGAGGGUAACAGUAGGGUCUGCUACGGGGCGGCAGAGGAUUUCCUUUGUCUCAGGACAGGACAGUAAAACCUCUGUCCUUUUCCAAAAAAAAAAUAUUAUUCCAUUCAUUGUCAGUCUAAACGUCUGUUGAAAGUGUGGAAGGGAUUUGUGGUUGGGGAGAAUUUGCACUUUUGGCUACAAAAUAAAAUUGUGUUGUAUAUGAGAGACCACUAAAUCGACAUAGUCCAAACUAUAUAAUUCCAUUGUUUUCUUUUUUUUUUUUUUUUUUUUGAUUUUUGUUUUUGUUUUUUUUUUUAUAAAAUAUAUCCAAAUAUCUCUGGCGUCCUGGUUUAAAGAAAACAAGAUCUUUCUAUUAAAAAAAUGAACUGUC